CAUACAAAAAAUGUUAUUGUUAUUGUUUUAAAAUUCAGCACAAAAACUCCAAAUUAUCAAAAUAGAACUCGUAGAACUCUAAAUUUUAUGUGAUCCUCUGGCUAUCCAUGUUAAUUAACGUAAUUUAACUCGGUUGUCGUCGUUGCGAUGUAGCCCGCGCGGGCAUGCGGCCGCUGCGCCUGCGCCGCGUGGCGGGGCUCGGCGCGCGGUUCAACGACGUGCUGUACCAGCCGCCCGCGCGCGUCGGCAAUGAGGACCAGACUAGGACCCUCGUGUUUUUUGGCGGGGAUGUACAGGACUACCCGGAAGUGAUGUUGGCUCACCGCGACAACCGGCACUACGCCCAGUACAGCCUGGACGCGGCCACCGGGGUGCUCGCCGAACACUUCCCCAAGCACCACGUGUGUGUCGUCAGACCUUCUAGGAUAGAGUACAAGAGUUUCAGCUGCUACGACAACUUCGUUCCCAGCAACAACGCGGGCGUCCCGGACCACACGCCCUCGCACAGCGCACUGGAACAUCUAGAGAGACUGCUGCAAGAAGUGGGCAGGAGGCUGCAGAGUCUCUCUCAGUCGGAAAUGGCGGCGAGCGCGGCGACAGACGACGCAGACAUUGAGGGUCUUAAAAGCGUGUCGACCUCCCCCGUGUUGGACAGCAUCACAGAGGCCGCCGCCGACAAGCCGCCCGCCCCGCCCUGGCUACAGUCCCCUACCCUGCACACCUCGGCUCUGACCCUAGUGGGCUUCAGCAAGGGAUGCGUAGUUCUCAACCAGCUAGUACACGAGUUCCAUCAUGAGACCACCCGGGAGAACAGAGAUGACAGCAGUGUUAUGAGAUUCAUGGAGCGUAUAAAAUACAUGUACUGGCUGGACGGCGGGCACGCGGGGGGGCGCGACACCUGGCUCACCUCCCGCCCCCUGCUGGAGACACUCGGCAGGCUCAACGUAACAAUCUACGUGCACGUGAGUCCCUACCAGGUGGAGGACCCGGCUCGGCCGUGGAUCGGACGCGAGGAGAAGGCGUUUACCGGCCAGCUCAGGAAACUUGGCGCUAAUAUAAGCCGCUACCUGCACCCGACGGCGGCGCCCUCGCUGCACUCGCACUUCGCCGUGCUCGCCGACUUCAAACGAGUGCAGGACGCCGGGAGCGAAGAUAAACAAUAAACGAACUAGAUGGAGUGUCGGUGCAAAAGAAACG